AUGUUGUGCUACCCUCUUCCAAGGAAGACCUUGGAGGGAGUUGAUUUUUACAUUACCUGGAAAAGUGGGUUGGCUGUUGGAAGCUCGUCUUUCCAAGAUGAAGCGGAAGAUGCAGAAGAGCAUCCACUGGUUAGGCACAGACUUACACGCAAUUCUGGGGGAGCUGAAGUUAGUGCGUCAUCAAGUGCUGAACAACAUACUGGUCCUGAUACCGCACAAAACAGGAACGGCUUCAAUUUUGAUGAGUGGGGAGGAAUCUCGUCUGAGGAACAUGAUGAAGCUGUGAUGCUUGAAGCUGCUCUUUUUGGAGGAAUCCAAGAAAGCAAUUACAAUUUUCCAUAUCCACGUCAGCAGUUUGUGCAGAAUAGUUUGGGGACAAAUCAAGGCCUUUAUCCUCAAAGGAUACCUCGCUCACCAUCACCAGGGCUUGCUGCUCAGCGCAUGAUACGAGAGCAACAGGAUGAUGAAUAUCUUGCAUCAUUGCAAGCUGACAGAGAGAAAGAACUUAAAGCUGUAGAAGAGGCUGAAGUAAUGCGUUUGGAGGAGCAAGCAGUUAAAGAAGCUGCCGCAGAAGCAGAAAGGCGUAAGGAGGAAGAACUGCGUAAAAAAUUCGAGGAAGAACAGGAAAUUGAGAGAAACCUUGCUGCAAAAGAAGCUUCUCUUCCUAAGGAACCAAUGGCAGAUGAUGAAAAUGCUGUAACACUUCUUGUAAGGAUGCCAGAUGGAAGCCGUCGUGGUCGCAGAUUUGUUAAAUCAGAUAAACUACAGUCCCUUUUUGACUUCAUUGAUGUUGGGAGAGUUGUCAAGCCUGGCUCAUAUAGACUG